CACGCCUUGGUGGCCGGCAUCGACCGGUACCCACGGAAGGUGACUGCCGCCAUGGGCAAGAAGAAGAUCGCCAAGAGGUCCAAAAUCAAGUCCUUUGUCAAGGUUUACAACUACAACCACCUGAUGCCCACCCGGUACUCUGUCGAUAUCCCUCUGGACAAAACAGUGGUCAAUAAGGACGUGUUCAGGGACCCCGCUCUGAAGCGCAAAGCAAGACGUGAAGCCAAGGUCAAGUUUGAGGAAAGGUACAAGACGGGCAAGAACAAGUGGUUCUUCCAGAAGCUGCGGUUCUAGAGGUGCAACAGUGAUCCAUCAAUAAAUGUUUAUUAAAA